AUGUCAGAACCACGGACGACAGGCGACAAAUCGAUCCUUCCGACGGGUGCAACCGACGCCAGGGAAUCAAACAAUGACGCCGGCGUCGAUCCCCGUCCUCGGCCGUUGUUCAACCCGCCGUCUACCGCUUCCACUCCCCUUGGCACGAAUCCACCAAGUCCCUGGAUCAUCACCCCGCCAGAGUUGCUUUUUACCGCCAGCCCCCAUUUGGAAACCCCCGAUAUCGACAGCGAAAUGAGGAUAAAGAUCAAUUCAGUGAGAUCUUCGGAUUCGAAGCGAUCACAGAAGACCGCUAGCGCGACGGCAAAAGACAUGAAAGCAAAAAAAGAAGAAAAAGAAGAAAAACAAAAAAAACAAAAAAAAGAAGAAAAAGAAAAAAAAGAAGACUUGACUUCGAUGCCAUCAAAGAAGACGGCUGGCGCGACGGCGAAAGAGGCGAAAGAAAAAAAAGACGAAAAAGAAAAAAAAGAUGAAAAAAAAGAAAAAGAAAACAUACCAUGGAUGAUAUCGUCGUCCGAGAAGCAAACCGACGACAAUCGAAUAGAAAAGAGCGAGGGUUUCGAGGAUGAGGAGGUUGCCGAGGAGGAGGUCGACCACCUCGAUCAAUCGGACCACGGACCAGACCACGACCGAGAGGAGGAUAGCCGAUCCGAAGAUGGCCAUCCUGAAGCAAACAUCGCGGAUUCGGACGACACGGAUGCCGUGCAAGAUCCGCAAGGGAACGCGAAGGAGUGGUUCCUCCCAAAUUUGGAGGACACCUUCGAGACCUACAUUGAUCACGGGUGUAUCCUUGACAAGCAAGGGUACCCGAUCUAUCCCAACGGAAAAACGAUCUUCGUGCGCAAACCUGGCAAGACGGUGACGAACUUCGGCACCGUUGGUUUUUCGAAAACAUCCUCAAGCAAUAAGCGAGGUAUCAACAACGAUUGGAAAGUUGUUUGUUACUUCUGCCUGGGGGCCCUGAAGCUUGAAGAGGGGAAAACAAAAUGUCCCGGUAAAUCAGGGAAAUGCAAGGGCAAUGUUACCCACAAGAAAUGUUGCCGAAACUCCGUGGCUGUAAGAUUCGAUUACCACUUGCCUACCGGAUGGGGUCUCCUCAGGCACAAGGGCACACAUCCGCAUCCGUGGCCUGAGGCUAAAAAGCCUGACCCCAUGUCCAAGGAUGAGUUGAAAGCAGAAAUUUUGAAGAAUCCGAGUGCGGGGGCACUUAAACUUAAGACUGGAAAGCGGACGGAUCCAGCUGCCGGCGCAAAUAGUGUAACUGAGAUCCAUCCAGCUUAUAUCAACAAAGACCGAUUGGCGUAUUACCGGCGUAAGAUGCUCGUCGAAUUGAACUUGGUUCCUGACAAACUUGGGGGAGGAAUAGGAGACAAAUUUGUCUUGGACAUGUUUGCGUGGGCUGCGCGUGGCUUGUUGAUAACGUCUGCUUCAUUCUUGCCACAGAAUGAACACUUCACAUUCCAAACCCAAUGGAUGGCCGAUCGACUACUUGCUAGGGAUGAGAAUAAUCAGGUCUACAGCGGGGUUCUCAUAUCCGAUGUCACGUACCGAUACUUCGAAACAGGCUACUUGCUCUCAACCUCAAUGUACUGUGAAGACCUUCACCGAUGGAUACCGAUCCAACUGACUUGGAUCCGCGGGUUGAGUGAGGAAUACUACAAACUCCAUUUCACCACACUCCUCAGACAGUUUCAAGCCGCACCAGUAACACCUGCCGAACGUGACACGCUAGUCCGCCAAGUGGUUGACUUCUCCAGUGCUCAAGCCGAGGGAUUUGUCUCAGCGUAUCUGGAAGUCUUUCGUCAGGGAACUCGGAAAGAGGUGAAGCGCAUGCUGAAAGGGCGUCGGGAGCAUUUCCGCCAGUCUGUCACACGAAUCAAGCGUAAUCGGUCUCUCAUGACUGCUGACGAGGAGGAGCCUUUCCGAAAAGCAUGCAUGGAUCUCUUGGAACACCAAGAAGCCGGCGGGAAGACUCAUGAAGAGAAGGUGGACUUCAUUAGGCGACGUUAUCCCAAAGUUCGCAAGUGGCUUGAUUGGUGGACGGUUUCUGACAUUGAGGCCCUCCUCUUUCCAUCGCGACAACCCCGACUUGAGGAUACUCCUGACGGUCUUCCCGAUACUACCAAUGCCCAGGAGAGUAUGCACCGGAUCUACUACAGGCUGAGUGACGGAAAACAGUGCAUCAUGGUUGGAAUGGUUGACCUGUUCUCCUUUGUAAAAAUGUUGGAAGAAGAUUGGAAAGCUGCGAUGAAGGGGAUCCCGAUUUCCUAUGGGGCCAACCCCACCACGGACAUUGGCACCACCCUUGGUAUUGUGAAGAAACGCAAACGUGGCGAAGGGAAGUUCAUCAAUGAUGGAAGGCCCCCGGACACAACAGACGAGCUUGUUGAUGGAAAGAAGAAGAAAAAAGCGAAGCUUGGCAGGCCCCCCAAUUCAACAAACUUCAACAAAAGCCUCUGGUCAGCUUAUCCAUCUUACCACGCGAAUAAGGACAACCCAACUCGAAGAAACCGCUGUUGGCUCGCCGCAGGUCUUGAAUCUCUUUAUGCUCUUUUCAGCCCAUUAUGGCUCCGUGGAAUCAGCGGUCAUGGGAAGGACGUCUUCACCGCAAUCGCUCAUCACUUCUCAUGUCAAUCAACUGGCGAACUAAAUGGCAGUAACGCAAUUCGUUCAACUUUGACGCGUGGACAAAACAUGGUAUUCGAUGUUCUCAGUCCUAAAUAUCCAGGACGAUUCCUUCCCGGCGCGUUUGCUUCUUGCGAUUACUUCCUUGAGGUCGCGUUGGAUCCCCAACUUCACAAGAAGGAUGAGUAUAAGCAGCUCUUCUCGAUUGAUGAACAUCGAACUUUCACCUGCGAACUCCAGCCGAAUAAAUUGCAGAAGCACUCCACUCGAGAUCACCGCACCCUUCAUGUCUUGACAAUCAAGCCGCAGAUGUUUGAUGAGAAUCGGAUUCCUCACUCUGAUGUAUCAAAGCUAAUCGAGAUGUGGCAAACCGAUGGAUUGCUGGCAACUUCGGGUAUGAUCUGCAAACACUGCAAUCCAAACAAACCAAAACCGAAGCUCCCGAAGAACGCCAAAAUUCAAAAAGUGUCUUCCGAUGUCGACAUUGUCAAGCUGCUUGGAUCCUCUGAAAACACAUCACACCACAUAAUUGAUCGAUCAAGAUUGGCUGUCCCAGCAAAUGGAGCCCCGCUUCAUCUUAAUUUCUAUGUAGAUGUCACCGGCAUAACCGACGAGAAACAGAAAAAUAACUUUAUGGGAUCGAUCGAUUGGCCGUUCAAGAUUAACGUUGGAGGCGCCACAUACACUCUGAUCUCCCGGGGCUACUGGCAACAUAAUCACUACUGGUGUAAGGUCCUUCGAAGUGCUAACAUCUCAGCUGACAAGGGUAGUUUGACCGCAAUUUGGUUACACAACGACGCCGAGAAUGAUGGGUAUGCUCAACAGAUCAAUCGGGUUCCCAGUUCAAUUGCCGGAGUGGAAGAAAACACAAGCUGGCUCCUUUAUUCGCGCGACUGGACACCUUCGGAGGAAGAAUAUGUCAACAACGCGAUUCAGAAAAUCAUAGCCGAAAAUCCAGAAGCUGCUGGCGAUGUCCCUUUCAAGGAGAUGAAGUCAAUUUUGAACACAUCACACAGCUCAACGUUAAUUCCCCACACCACCACAAACGAAGUUAAAUCUACUCCUCCAACUACUGUCACAUCCCAGGCCAGAGAAAAAUCGCCUUCAACAACUACGGGUAAUGCUCCAAAAAAUUACACUUCACCAGUCAAAGGAACAACUCCGAUUGCACAACUCGCCUCUCAAAUGAAUGCACAGAUUGCUCGAAAGUAUGCACUAGACCAAAAAGAACCAGACACCAAACAACAGUGUUCCUUGGAUGCAGAAGUCACACUGGAAAUAGACGAAUCAUUCCUCUCGGUUGGCGACAAAUCUCAUGGUGAUCAAUCUUUUGUGCUUGGCGAUCAAUCUCUUGGCGAAUCUCAUGGUGAUCAAUCUUUUGUGCUUGGCGAUCAAUCUCUUGAAUCCCAUGGUGAUCAAUCUUGUGGCGAAGAUGGCAACAAAGACGGCGGUGAUCAAACCUUUUCUCUUGGUGAUCAUACUGGCGAAGACGGUGGUGAUCAAACCUUUUCUCUUGGUGAUCAUACUGGCGAAGACGGUGGUGAUCAAUCUUUUGCUCUUGGUGAACAGUCUCUUGGCAAUCAAACUGGUAAUCAGUCUCUAGCGGAUGAAACAGAUGAUCAUGUUACUCAAACUCAGGUGAAACACAGUCAGGAGGAUGAAGAAGUCCCUCAGAAACCUCCAAUACGGUUCAAGGUCAUACUGAGACCACCUGAGCAACGAUCACCUCCAAGUACCAAAGGAAAAACCCAGGCUUCAAGACGAUCAGUGAGAAAGAAAAAAUGA